AGAGCUGCGUCGCGAGAGAGCAGAGGCGGCUCCCUAGUCCCGGCCCCCGCGAGCACCGUAGAGUCAGAGGUGCGGCGCUGUCUGCCCUCCGCUGCCUGCCGCCACAUCCAGGCCGGGCACUCCCCGCCCACCUACCAGGUGCAACCACCUCGCCCUGCGCGCGGGUCUGGGGACCCUGAAGGCGACUCCUAUGCUGUCAGGUACAUAGUUGCAGACCCUGCUACGCCAAGGCAGCGGACAGUGGUACACGCAUCGCACCAGUUGAGCUGAGAACAGAAACCUGUCCGUCUACUUGGGAGAACUUCUCCCUUUGCUGAGAAGGAAAGAUGUCGAAUGAGUAUUCUGCAGACAAGAGGUUCCGAUAUCUCAUCUCGUGCUUCCGGGCCAGAGUGAAAAUGUACAUCCAGGUGGAGCCUGUACUGGACUACCUAACUUUUUUGUCUGCAGACAUGAAGGAGCAGAUACAGAGGACGGCCACCACCAUGGGGAACAUUAACGCAGCUGAACAGCUCCUGAGCACCUUGGAGAAGGGAGUCUGGUCCCCGGGCUGGACUAGGGUGUUUGUAGAGGCCCUCCAGCGAGCAGGCAGCCCCUUAGCUGCCCGCUACGUGAACCCUGAGCUCACAGACUUGCCUUCUCCAUCCUUUGAGAACGCUCAUGAUGAGUGUCUCCAACUACUGAACCUCCUUCAGCCCACCCUGGUGGACAAGCUUCUGGUUAGAGAUGUCUUGGAUAAAUGUCUGGAGGAGGAACUGUUGACAAUUGAAGACAGAAAUCGGAUUGCUGCUGCAGAAAAUAGUGGAAAUGAAGCAGGUGUAAGAGAGCUACUGAGAAGGAUCGUGCAGAAAGAAAACUGGUUUUCUACAUUUCUGACUGUCCUGAAGCAAACAGGAAAUGAUGCACUUGUCCGGGAGUUAACUGGCGACAGUGCCUCGGAGGGCAAUGCAGAAACUGAGAAUGUAUUACGAGAAGAUGGACCUGAAGUUAAAGAGCCACUUCUUUUAGCCACAGAUCAGCCAAGUCCAGAGAAACAGGGUCGGGACAUGGAGAGUUCGUUGGAAUCAUCUUUUGUGGAUUCUUCUGUAGCUUCAGAAUCAGACACAAGUUUGGCAGAAGGAAGUGUCAGCUGCUUAGAUGAAAGUCUUGGACAUAACAGCAACAUGGGCAGUGAUUCAGGCACCAUGGGAAGUGAUUCAGACGAAGAGGAAGUGGCAAAAAGAGCAUCCCCUGAGCCAGAACUGAACCUCAGGCCUUACCAAAUGGAAGUUGCCCAACCAGCCUUGGAGGGAAAGAAUGUCAUUAUAUGCCUCCCUACAGGGAGUGGGAAAACCAGAGUAGCCGUUAAGAUUGCCAAGGAUCACUUGGACAAGAAGAAAAGAGCAUCUGAACCAGGAAAAGUUAUAGUCCUUGUCAAUAAGGUACCAUUAGUUGAACAGCUCUUCCGCAAAGAGUUUCAACCAUUUUUGAAGAAAUGGUAUAAUGUCAUGGGAUUAAGUGGUGAUACUCAAUUGAAAAUAUCAUUUCCAAAAGUUGUCAAAUCCCAUGAUGUUAUUAUCAGUACAGCUCAAAUCCUUGAAAACUCCCUUUUAAACUCAGAAAAAGGAGAAGAUGAUGGUGUUCAGUUGUCAGACUUUUCUCUCAUCGUCAUUGAUGAAUGCCACCACACCAAUAAAGAAGCAGUCUAUAAUAACAUCAUGAGGCGUUAUUUGAAACAGAAGUUGAGAAAUAAUAAGCUCAAGAAAGAAAAUAAACCAGUAAUUCCCUUACCUCAGAUACUGGGAUUAACAGCUUCACCAGGUGUUGGAGGCGCCAACAAGCAAGCCAAAGCUGAAGAACACAUUUUAAAAAUAUGUGCCAAUCUCGAUGCAUUUACUAUUAAAACUGUGAAAGAAAACAUCGAUCAACUCAAAGACCAAAUAAAGGAGCCAUGCAAAAAGUUUGCAAUCGCAGAUGACACCAGAGAAGAUCCAUUUAAAGACAAACUUCUGGAAAUAAUGACAAAGAUUCAGACCUUUUGCCAAAUGAAUCCAAUGCCUGAUUUUGGAACUCAACCCUAUGAACAAUGGACCAUUCAAAUGGAAAAAAAAGCUGCAAGAGAAGGAAAUCGCAAAGACCGUCUUUGUGCAGAACAUUUGAGGAAGUACAAUGAGGCUCUACAAAUUAAUGACACAAUUCGAAUGAUUGAUGCAUAUAAUCACCUUGAAACUUUUUAUAAUGAUGAAAAAGAAAAGAAGUUUGCAGUCCUAGAAGAUGAUAGUGAUGAUAGUGGUGAUGAUGGUGGUGAUGGUGAUGAAAAUGAAGAUAAUGAAAAGAAACCUUUGAAAUUGUAUGAGACAGAUAGAUUUCUCAUUAGUUUAUUUUUUGAUAACAAGAAAAUAUUGAAAAAGCUGGCUGAAAACCCAGAACAUGAAAAUGAAAAGCUGACCAAAUUAAGAAACACCAUAAUGGAACAAUAUACAAGAACUGCGGAAGCAGCAAGGGGAAUAAUUUUCACAAAAACACGACAGAGUGCAUACGCCCUUUCUCAGUGGAUUACUGAAAAUGAAAAAUUUGCAGAAGUAGGAGUCAAAGCCCACCAUCUGAUUGGAGCUGGACACAGCAGUGAGUUCAAGCCCAUGACACAGAAUGAACAAAAAGAAGUCAUUAGUAAAUUUCGCACAGGAAAAAUAAAUCUGCUUAUCGCUACCACAGUGGCAGAAGAAGGUCUGGAUAUUAAAGAGUGUAAUAUCAUUAUUCGCUAUGGUCUCGUCACUAAUGAAAUAGCCAUGAUCCAGGCCCGUGGUCGAGCCAGAGCUGAUGAGAGCACCUACGUCCUGGUUGCCUGCAGUGGCUCAGGAGUGGUUGACCGUGAGACAGUUAAUGAUUUCCGAGUGAAAAUGAUGUAUAAAGCUAUAGCCCGUGUUCAAAAUAUGAAACCAGAGGAGUAUGCUCAUAAGAUUUUGGAAUUACAGAUGCAAAGUAUAAUGGAAAAGAAAAUGAAAAUCAAAAGAAGUAUUGCAAAGCAUUACAAGGAAAACCCAUCAUUAAUAAGUUUCCUCUGCAAAAAUUGCAGUGUGGUUGCCUGCUCUGGAGACUAUAUCCAUGUAAUUGAGAAGAUGCAUCAUGUUAAUAUGACACAGGAAUUCAAGGAACUCUACAUUAUGAGAGAAAACAAAGCACUGAAAAAGAAGUUUGCAGACUAUCAAACAAAUGGUGAGAUCAUCUGCAAAAACUGUGGCCAAGCUUGGGGAACAAUGAUGGUUCACAAAGGCUUAGAUUUGCCUUGUCUCAAAAUAAAAAAUUUUGUGGUGGUCUUCAAAAAUAAUUCAACAAAGAAACAGUACAAAAAGUGGGUAGAAUUACCUAUCACAUUCCCUGAUCUUGACUAUUCAGAAUAUUGUUUGUUUAGUGAUGAAGAUUGACAUUUGGGUCAAGAUUCUUUUAAAAAUAUUGUUAACAACAUUUAAUAUGAUUUGAUUAAUGUUUUAAUUAUGCUAAAGAACUGAUAUAAGAAUAAAAUAAUUGCUUUACUCUGAGAUGAGCUGUAUAGAGGACAACAGUAUAUCAUGCUUCCGAUUAUUCAUUUUGUUUAUGGACAAGGGUAAAGAAAAUCUAUGUAUAAUACUCAUUAGUGUGGAAUAGUAGUGUGGAGUACUGUUGAAAAAAUGUUGGUGUACAAAGAAGAAUAUGAGAUACUAAUUUAGUCUUAAUUUUCAGAAUAAAAUUAAGCAAAUCAGUU